GCAUUCUCAACUAUUCUCUGCAUUGCAAUUUGCGAACUCACUCAGAAAAACGAUCACCAACUACACUCACAAAACCGUUUUCCAUUCACUUUACUCUGUGCACAAGAUACUCUUAUGGCUUCCAAGGUAGAAGGAAAGAGCAUUGGCAUUGACCUUGGAACCACCUACAGUUGCGUGGGCGUCUGGCAAAACGACCGCGUUGAGAUCAUAGCCAAUGACCAGGGCAACAGAACCACACCAUCCUACGUUGCAUUCACCGAGACGGAGCGUCUCAUCGGAGAUGCUGCCAAGAACCAGGUUGCCAUGAACCCGCAGAACACCGUGUUCGACGCCAAGCGACUCAUCGGGCGCAGGUUUUCGGACCCUGCGGUGCAGGCCGACAUGAAGCACUGGCCCUUUAAGGUUGUCCCCGGUCUCGCCGAGAAGCCCAUGAUCGUGGUGAGCUACAGAGGCGAAGAGAAACAAUUCGCGGCGGAGGAGAUUUCAUCGAUGGUGUUGACGAAGAUGAAGGAGAUAGCGGAGGCUUACCUUGGACAGAGCGUGAAGAACGCCGUCAUCACUGUCCCUGCCUAUUUCAACGACUCUCAGAGGCAAGCGACGAAAGACGCCGGUACCAUUGCCGGGCUUAACGUGAUGAGAAUCAUCAACGAGCCAACCGCUGCUGCCAUUGCCUAUGGAUUAGACAAGAAGGGUUCGAAGAGUGGCGAAAAGAAUGUGCUUAUCUUCGACCUUGGUGGAGGAACAUUCGAUGUGUCGCUCCUCACUAUUGAGGAAGGCAUUUUCGAAGUCAAGGCCACUGCCGGAGAUACUCAUUUGGGAGGUGAAGAUUUUGACAACAGGCUUGUGAACCACUUUGUGGCUGAGUUCAAGAGGAAACACAAGAAGGAUAUUAGCAGCAGUGCGAGAGCUCUAAGGAGGUUAAGGACUGCGUGUGAGAGAGCUAAGAGGACUCUGUCAUCGACUUCCCAAACAACCAUCGAGAUUGACUCUCUCUACGAAGGUAUUGACUUCUAUUCCACCAUCACCAGAGCCAGGUUUGAGGAACUCAACAUGGACUUGUUCCGCAAGUGCAUGGAACCUGUUGAGAAGUGUUUGAGGGACUCCAAGAUCGACAAGAGUCACGUCCACGACGUUGUCCUUGUUGGUGGAUCCACGAGGAUUCCCAAAGUGCAACAACUGUUGCAGGAUUUCUUCAACGGAAAAGAGCUUUGCAAGAGCAUUAACCCCGACGAGGCUGUGGCAUACGGUGCUGCAGUGCAGGCUGCUAUUUUGAGCGGCGAAGGGAACGAGAAGGUCCAGGACUUGCUUCUUCUUGACGUUACUCCUCUUAGCCUCGGGAUUGAAACUGCCGGUGGUGUGAUGGCAGUGUUGAUUCCGAGGAACACGACGAUUCCCACCAAGAAGGAGCAGAUUUUCUCUACUUACGCUGAUAAUCAAGCGGGAGUGCUCAUACAGGUGUAUGAAGGUGAGAGGGCGAGGACCAAAGACAACAACCUGUUGGGGAAGUUUGAACUCGCUGGCAUCCCUCCAGCCCCCAGAGGAGUUCCGCAAAUCAAUGUAUGUUUUGACAUUGACGCAAAUGGGAUUUUGAAUGUUUCGGCUGAGGACAAGACUGCAGGGGUGAAGAACAAGAUCACGAUCACCAAUGAUAAGGGAAGGCUGAGCAAGGAGGAUAUUGAGAGAAUGGUGGAGGAGGCUGAGAGAUACAAGGCAGAGGAUGAGGAUGUGAAGAAGAAGGUGGAGGCCAAGAACUCGUUGGAGAACUAUGCUUACAACAUGAGGAAUACUGUGAAGGAUGAGAAGUUUGCAGGAAAACUGAACCCUGCUGAUAAGCAGAAGAUAGAGAAGGCUGUUGAUGAGACGAUUGAAUGGCUUGACGGGAACCAACUGGCUGAGGUGGAGGAAUUUGAAGACAGAUUAAAGGAUUUGGAGGGACUGUGCAACCCAAUUAUCUCAAAGAUGUAUCAAGGGACUGCUGCAGAUGUGCCAAUGGGAGGUGCAGAUGACAUUCCUAAUGGUGCUGGCUAUGGAAAGUCAUCAACUGCUGGUGCUGGUGCUGGACCUAAGAUCGAAGAAGUUGACUGAAUUGUGAAAAUCCACUCAAGUUGUCCUCGUAUUGCAAUGCAUUAUACAGUUACAUACUGUGUUUUCUGAGAUUUUUGUACUAUUUUUAAUAUGUGAAUCCAAAAAACAACAAGUUGUAUUUUUAUUCCCAAGUUCCGUCCACAAUUUAUAAUUCAAUCAGCUAUUUAA